ACGCACGGCGGCAUGACGCAGAACCGCAGCUGGCCUCGUUCUGGGCGCCGCCGCCGCUUUGAGGCGGAGUAGGAUGAGGCCCGCGGCCGCGGCUCCGGCGUCGGCAGGGGCAGCAGCAGCUGAGGCAGCAGCUGAGGCAGCCGAGACGGCCGCGCCCCCCCCUCCUGACCUGGAUUAGGCCCAGCAGCUCCGUGGCUGCCGCCGCCCCGCGGGGGGGCGGGGUGGGGAAGUGCUUCGUCUCCCCGCCCCCCCCCCCAUUGCCGCCUCGCAGGAGGCAACCGCCGCGACCCCAGCGGAGCCCGCGGCCCAGCCUUGAGCCCCCACUCCCGGGGGCUGGCAUGAGCGGCCCUUCGGCGGCACGGGGGGGCGGGGGAGCCGCAGCCGCCUGAGCCCCGGCCUGCCGUCCGACCCCACCUCGCUGACCGAGGCUGACCGCGGAGCUUGCGAACGACCCCGCCACUGCUUUCUUCCUCCCCCAGAUCACACAUCUUAGCUCCGGAAGAUGGGGAACUGCCUCAAAUCCCCCACGUCGGAUGACAUCUCCCUGCUUCACGAGUCUCAGUCCGACCGGGCUAGUUUUGGCGAGGGAACGGAGCCGGAUCAGGAGCCGCCGCCGCCAUAUCAGGAACAAGUUCCAGUUCCGGUCUACCAUCCAACACCUAGCCAGACUCGCCUAGCAACUCAGCUGACCGAAGAGGAACAAAUUAGGAUAGCUCAAAGAAUAGGCCUUAUACAACAUCUGCCUAAAGGAGUUUAUGACCCUGGAAGGGAUGGAUCAGAAAAAAAGAUCCGGGAGUGUGUGAUCUGUAUGAUGGACUUUGUGUAUGGGGACCCAAUUCGAUUUCUGCCGUGCAUGCACAUCUAUCACCUGGACUGUAUAGAUGACUGGUUGAUGAGAUCCUUCACGUGCCCCUCUUGCAUGGAGCCAGUUGAUGCAGCACUGCUUUCGUCCUAUGAGACUAAUUGAGCCAGGGUCUCUCGUCUGACUUUAAGUGAACCAUCAUUUUUGGUGGUUUUGAUCUUUUGUCACUGAGCCCAAAGAGCCAGGGAUUAGGAAUUAAGAUCAUGCACAAAAGUUUCCUAAAAAUUCCUGAAUGGCUGCAGAUGUUGGGGAAAAAAUACGUGAUAUUUUAGAAACUUAGGGGGAAAAGUAGGAUGGUAUUUUUAUGUAAAGCCUUGACCCAGUGUUUAAAAAUAUAAUUGUACUUAGAUCUUGUUAUUGCUCCAGUACAUAGGAAUUGUGUAAAGUGUUACAGCAGCUGUAUAUGUUUAAAUUGUGUGUGUUGAAGAUUAGGAAAAAGAUAGUGGUUGUUUUUCCUACAUGAAAUAAUUUUCUUUUUCCCCCCACCAAAAUUCUUUUCUGAAGUUGCUGGCAUUUGGGUCAAGGUUUUAUUAAAAGCUACAUUUUAUAACACUGGCACAAAAAAAAGUAGUUUUAAGCUUGUUUGCACAGUUCUUUUUUUCCAUUGGAAAUGGAAUUCAUUGCCUUAGGUCUUUUUAAAUAGUGUAUUAUUAUCGUUGGGGCUGGCUCUAUGCUUGAAAACCAGUUUAUUUAUAACCUGUUAUAAGUGCUAUAUCUGUUUGCAGUUAGGAAAUGCAGAAUUCAAAGUGAUCUCCUAGCUUGUAAGCAAACUGAGAUGCACUAUCCCUUUUCUAUAAAAAAUGAGUUAUGUCAAGAAACCAACUCUAGUAAAGUGGGGUUUACUAUUACCCUUUCCUAUGUGUUUUAUCUAAUUAUUUUGGUUGUUAAUAUGGUAAUAAUUAAAAGUCAAGGUAAAUUUUAAAUAUUAAGAUUUCUGAUUUAUUGAGCUUGACUUAUGCCACCACGCUUAUGUAAAAUGAAAGUGGCACCAUGGUGAAACUGAAAAAAGUUGCUCAGUUGUAACAGUUUUGAUUUAUUCUUUCUUGUGACCUCUUUCCCGUAUUGUCUUGAACCAUAGCAAAAGGAUACUGCAUCUCUUAAUAAUUGUAGUGCUGAGGUUAUUGAAGUUAUAUAAAACACAUCUCAGUCUCUGUUUCUUGGAAAGGACAGUCCUGCUAGCUGACUGACAAGUCUAAGUCUAAGCAGGGAGAAUUAAGAUAAAUGUAUUUCAUGUUUUGCACACAAAUGCAAAAUUUGUAUAACCACGUGACUUCAUAGUUGUGGUCUCAAAGAAGGAAUUUUUCCUUUAUCUUUUUCUUGCAGUUAAUGUAAGAGCACUCUGAAUCUCUAAGCUUCUGAAGUGUUAGAGGUAGAGAUGGUCUAGUAAAGAUGUAGUUUGUAAUGUUUUAUCCAUUUAGCAUGUGUUUAUUUUUCCUUAUGUACUCAAAAGUGACAUUUGUUCAGCUCAGUGAUAUUAUAGUUAAGAAUCAUUCAUUAGCAAAAGGAGAAGCAAUCUCAGUCUAACAAAUCAGAAAUGUUUAUUUUAUAUUGAGUUGACUAUUUGACUCUAACGCUUUUCUACAUACAAAACACAAGUAUCUUGAGGGUUCUCCAUUAUUGCAUUGUAGAGGAAUUCAGUAUGUCAUAAAACCUUCUUAAAGAUUUGACACUAGACUGUAGUAUACAUAUGUUGGUUAAUUUUCUUAUGAGCCCCAUGAUGGAAAGACUUAAAGAUGAGAUUGAGAAAAACUGAGAGAAAUUAGAUUAUCAGGUUCUUUUAAAUUGUUACAUGUAUCUUGCUUAAGUUUUUGUUUAUUAAUUUAUAUCCACCCAAUUACAUAAAGCAAAUUUGGAGGAAACACCUGAAGUUGUGCAAUAUUUUCAGUGAUAUAUUACUUUUUUUAUCCUGUGUUUUCUACUUAAACAUGUCUGUGUCAUCAAGUAUUAUAGACUUUCCUUUUUUUCUUCAUUGUUAAAAAUGGUAAGUGAACUUUAAAAAUAUCAUCUAAUAUGUUUCUGUUAGUUUUUAUUACAAGGCUUCUUUCACAGAAGUUUGGCAGUACUAUUGAAGGAACUAGUAUUGAGCUGAAAUUUUUAAGGUACUUUGUAUUCUUUAAUUUUGAUUUCCAUACACCAUGUUAAGAACUAUCAAUUUUGGCUUUUACUAAAGUUAAAUAAAGUUAUAAUACAGUUGUAAA